AUGGACAACUUUUUUACCAGCAUUGCCCUUUGCAAAACACUGAAAGGCUUUGGAACUUACACUGUGGGAACUCUACGUUCAAAUAGAUUGGGAUAUCCAAAAUGCCUCACAGAUAAAUCUUUGCUCAAGACAAUGAAACAGGGAGACCAUCACUCCACAACUACUGAAGGGAUAACAGAAACUGUCUGGAAGGACACAAAAGAUGUUUCCUUUCUGUCAAAUGUGCAUUCUUCUAUGGGACAGGAUAAUGUGUCAAGAAAGAAACAAGGUGGAUCAGUUGUUGCAAUAACUGCUCCCACUGUUGUAAAGGAUUACAACAAGAAUAUGGGUGCUAUCGACAAAAAUGAUCAACUAAAGAAAACAUAUGCCAUUGAUCGCAAAUCAAAGAAAUGGUGGAUGAGCAUAUUUUUCCAUCUUUUAGAUGUUUGCAGACUCAAUUCAUUUAUUAUGCAUCAGCAGUGUUAUCUGAGUUGGAACAGUGGCCCUGUGGAGGAGGAUGUAGCCCCUAGGAUGGACCAGAAGUCAUUUACUUCUAAACUGGUCAAAUCCCUUUGUGGAACAUACACAUCACGCAAACUAUGGCUGCCCUUAUUUGUCACUCAGUUCCAUAUCUCUUUGUGCAUCAGGCCAUGA